CAACUUUUAAAAUUAACUUUCAUUAAUCAGCAAAUCUAAUCAAAAUCAAAUUACAUAAAUUAUAUCAAAUCACCCCCUAUUAGAUAAGUCAGAAAAUUGAGAACCUUCGUCCCCAUUCAUAAUCCACUCACUGUACAGACACAGACAAAAAUUAUUACAACUUCCUUGAUUUAGUCGUGUCCAGCUAAUAAUUUUCCGGACAUCAAUCUCACUCAUCGUCAAAACACAUGCACUGUCCCGUAUAUAUAUAUACACAUACACCCACACUUUCAAUUUCCCACUUAACUCACUCACUAACUCCACACACACUAAUCCAACGGUUCCCCACACAUCCCUUUUUCCUAACCCAAAGCAAUACAAAAUGGAGUACGGUAGGCUCGGAUAUCCCGAGCCUGGCAGCCUCGGCUCCUCAUUCCGCAGCGAAGCUCCCAUCCCUCCCAACCGGACCAAAAUCAAGCCACUCCUCAUCCUCGCCGCCCUUCUGAUCAUCGCCGCCGCCAGCGCCGCUGCCGUCGCGGUGGCCAUCCGCAGCCGAGACGGUUCCUCCGGCGCGCCGCGCCUCCACGGCCUCCGCCCUUCCGAGGCCGUCUCCCGAGCCUGCGGCCUCACCUCGUACCCGAGUCUCUGCCUGAGCUCUCUCGCCGAAUUUCCCGGAGCCGCCGCCGCCUCCUCCCCGGCGGAAAUCGUCCACAUUUCGGUCAACCUGACACUUCAGAAGUUCGGCGGCGCGCUUUACGCCGCAUCCGAGAUCAGCCACCUGGAGAUGGACCCUCGCGUCAGGUCGGCGUACGAGGCGUGCAUAGAGCUGCUGGACGACUCGGUGGACCUUUUGUCGCGAUCGCUCGCCCACGUGGCGGGGGGAAGGGAUCAGGACGUGAUGACGUGGCUGAGCGCGUCGUUGACGAACCACGACACGUGUGAGGAGGGGUUCGAGGAGCUGGGCGGCGGCGGCGGGGAAGUGAAGGGCCGGAUGUCGGCGCGGCUGAAGGACCUGUCGGAGCUCGUUAGCAACUGCCUCGCGAUUUACGCGCAAAUCGCCGGCGGGGGGGACUUCUCGGGGAUUCCGGUGAACAACCGGCGGAGGAGGCUGCUGUGGGGCGGGGAGGGGGCGGCGCGAGGGGAGUUCCCGUCGUGGGUGUCCCGGCGAGACAGGAGGCUGCUGGACGCGCCGCCGGCGUCGAUCAGGGCCGACGUGGUCGUAUCCAAGGACGGUAACGGGACUUGUCGGACGGUGGAGGAGGCGAUCAAAAUGGCGCCGGAGAACAGCACCCGGCGGUUUAUUAUCUACGUGAGGGCGGGAAGGUAAUUUUGACCGACGUGAGCUCGAGAAAAAAAAUGAAAAGAGAGAUUUAAUUGGGUUUGGUUUGGCUUUUAAUUGCUUCUUAGCUGCUACGUAAGCGUUAAAUAACUUUAAUACCCCCGAGUCAUGUUAUCACUUUAUCUCAAUUGGACGUCCACGUGUCCCCAUUUCCUGCUUUAUAGGUGGCUAAUGAUUUUUGGACUUACUUUAUGCAUUAUUUCAUCACGAUUUUAAGUUUUAACUGUUAUUAGACUGCUUUUAAUGUGCUUCAUUUUGGCUUGUUCGUCUAUAUUAACUAGUUGCAUUGACGAGUUGAAGUCAUAAAUUACAAAAAUAUCUGACUUUUUUUGAGACAUAGUAAUAAAAAAUGCCACUUUACAAUGGUCAUAGGUAUGAGGAGAAAAUACUGAAGUUGGGGAGGAAAAAGACCAACAUAAUGUUUAUUGGAGAUGGGAAGGGCAAGACGGUCAUUUCAGGUGGGAAGAGCGUGUAUGAUAACAUGACCACGUUCCAUACCGCGUCAUUUGCUGCAACCGGCAAUGGUCUCAUCUUGAAGGGCAUCACGUUCGUGAACUGGGCCGGGGCACAGAAUCACCAGGCAGUAGCCCUGCGGGUCGGUUCGGACCACGCCGUGAUCUACCAGUGCAACAUCAUCGGCUAUCAGGACACGUUGUACGCCCACUCUCAGAGACAGUUCUACCGCGAGUGCGACAUAUACGGCACAGUCGACUUCAUAUUCGGCAAUGCAGCCGUCGUCUUCCAGAGCUGCAACAUCCACGCCCGGAAGCCACUGCCGCUUCAGAAGAACACCAUCACGGCCCAGAACCGCAAGGACCCGAACCAGAACACUGGCAUCUCGAUCCACAACUGCUCCCUCGUGGCCGAGCCUGACCUAAGGGCCAACAAGAGCGCCUACCCGACCUACUUGGGCCGGCCAUGGAAGUUGUAUUCUCGGACUGUCUACAUGAUGUCGAACAUGGGUGACCAUAUUCAUCCGAGAGGGUGGCUCGAGUGGAAUCAGACGUUCGCGCUCGACACAUUGUACUAUGGGGAGUACAAGAAUUACGGGCCAGGAGGGGCAAUUGGGCAACGCGUGAAUUGGACGGGCUAUCACGUGAUCACGGCCGCGGCAGAGGCCAAUAAAUUCACGGUGGGCCAGUUUUUAUCGGGCUCGUCUUGGCUGCCCUCGACAGGGGUCGCGUACCAAGGCGGGUUGGGGAUAUCGAAUUGACUUGUUUUAUGGUUGAAAAAAUGUGUCUAACAUUAAUUUCAUUAUAAGGUAUAUAAUGUAGUCAUGGUUAAUAUACCUUUUAUGUGAUUUGUUUGAUUUAUUUUUACAUAUAAUGUAAAAAUUUAAUAGUCAUGUAGUGUGACUCAUGUGAUUAAUUAGAUCAUCCAUAAAUAAAUGUGAUAUAGCAAGAAGUUGGGUGAAAAAUGGAAAGUGCAAUGUACGUGUACGACGAUAUUACUGUUGACUUAUUGACUUUUGAGGUCAAUUAGAAAUCUGUCGGUGGAAAAUUAAAGAAAUAAAUAAAUAAAAUCCGAGUUUGUAAUUUGGUUGUGAUAAUAAUAAAUGCUGAGACCUAACUAAUUAUGUGACCCACAAGAUACAUUCAUCAUGCUAUGAAUCAUGAGACUAAACCAUGUGAAACAUUUGAA